CAAAAAUAGCCAUUACACGCAUUUAUCAUCACAUACAAAUUCCCCCCAUGUAUAACGAGAUAUGCUGGGGUUUCACUGAAUGGAAGAUUCCAACGUCUUGGCGGUAGCGCGUGCAGUCAGUAAAUGGCAUUACCAUUCUAGCAGUAGAAGUGGAUAUUACGGCUGUGAUAGCAAAAUGUAACGUACAGAACUCUACACUUUGUUUAACGUGGGAAGGGAAUAUAGUUCAAAACUCUGUGUUCCGUAGAUAUGUGAUUAAACUUUGUUUGAUUUAUGGAAUAAAUCAAAAUUCUGCGAGGUAUUUGUAGUAAGGGUUUACUUGAUUAGCUUGUGUAGAAUAUUCCACAGUUUUCAGCGGCGUACGGGGUUUUCAAAGGAUAUACCAGAGAAGUACUACCUGUUAUAAUUCUUAUGGAUGUAUUAACUAACACUUUGCUUUGAAUAUGGAUCAGAUUUCUAUGCGUUUAUAUAGCAGGAGUGAAAUAACAGAAGUGUAACGACUUGUACUAAUAAUAAAAGUUAUGUUUAAACAGUUUCCAAGGAACUGAAGUGCCAAUCUUUAACACACGAUGGGUAAACGAGCUAGUAAAUUGAAACCCGAAGAAAUUGAGGAGUUGCAAAAAACUACCUAUUUCACGGAAGGUGAAAUAAGGCAGUGGUAUAAAGGUUUUAUGAAAGAUUGCCCAGAUGGGAAAUUAACAUUAAUAGGUUUUUCUAAGAUUUAUCAACAGUUUUUUCCAUAUGGUGAUCCAAGCAAGUUUGCUACGUUUGUUUUUAAUGUUUUUGAUGAAAAUAAGGAUGGAUAUAUAGAAUUUGGUGAAUUUCUACAAGCAUUAUCAGUUACAUCAAGAGGAAAUGUAGAAGAAAAACUUAAAUGGGCAUUUAAACUGUAUGAUAUAGAUAAUGAUGGUUUUAUAACUAAAGUAGAAUUAUUGGACAUUGUAGAAGCUAUAUAUCAGAUGGUGGGAGGAAUGGUUAAUUUACCAGAAGAUGAAAAUACGCCAGAAAAACGGGUCAAUAGAAUAUUUGCGGUAAUGGAUAAGAAUAAAGACAACAAAUUAACGUUUGAUGAAUUUUUGGAAGGCUCAAAAGAGGAUCCAACAAUUAUUCAGGCCUUGACCUUAUGUGAUGCAAGUCGUGAUUAAAAACUUAGUGUUAUCAUGACAAUUUUCAGAGACUUUAUAUUUGUGAUGUGAAUGGGAAGAAGAAAAUAUAGAUCAUAAUUUAUAUUAUAUUCAUAAAUAUGUUAUUUUCUUUUUUAACACCAAAAAUAUUGUAUUCUUUUUGCGGUAUUAUGUGAUUGUGAUAUUGUUAUGCCAAUAUAAGAUAUAACUUUGUUGAAUAUCUACAAUACCUAUUAUAUGAUUAGCAUCAAUUGAUUUAUAUCUACGCUAGAGUUUGGGAAUGGUGUCACCAAAUUAAAGGACACAGAUUUUGUAACAGAAAUUAAGAAAUAUCUUGCUAAACUGAAGUCAUGAAAACAUAGAAUGGGCAAAAUGAUUAUUUUUGCUGUUUGUUGUAGAUAGGACAUUGUCUCCUGUGAUCAAAGAAUUGUGGGAUGGGUAACAAGAUAUAAUACAUGUUUAUCUUAGCUAUCGUGAAUAGAAAUCAAAGGCCAGUUUUUAUAGACUCAUUUGAGAAUUUGUCAUUUUUAGCUGUUGAUUGCACUGAACUGAAUCCAAGUCUGACUGAAGUAAUUGAAUUUUAUCUUUCCACAACGCCAAAGGAUCAACACUUUAUUAAUAUGUUUAUAUGUACUGUAGUUGUAUUACAAAAGAGAAGUCUUAUCUGUUUCUUUCAAUUUUAUACAUCAAAAUAAACAUCAAUCAUACAUUUUGAUUCAAAGUAUCUGGGUUUUUUAACCAUCAAAAUAUUUAAUAUAAAUACACAAAGCAGAUUUAGAUUUUAGUCCAAUCAAACACAUCCGUUGUGUUUCAUGAUUUGUGUGAAUAGAUGUUUGCCUUUUGCAGCCUUGCCAUCACGUGAACAAAUUUGUUUUUGUAUUUCAUUGUUUGAUAUGUAUAUAUGUAUACUGUUUGUUGCACAAAGUGGAAGGUGGAAUUAAUUUACUAAUAUUUGAUUAUUUCUAAUGUUUUACAAUACAAGAACUGUUAAUAAAUAAAUAUCAUAGAAAUACAUUUUGGGACAUUUUUUAAAUUGGGCAUGAAAUUUUUAAAAAUUUCAAAACAUAUAUGCAUAUUGUGUUUGUAAUGAUUUCAGAAUUGGUCCCCCAAAUCUUAUUAACAGCUACAGUUCACACUCAUAUCUUUAAACUUGAUUGAAAAUCACCUGGGUUUUUAAGACAGGAAUAAUGUGACAUUCACACAUAAUAUAAACCAAACCAGUUUAACUAUUUUGACCUGGUUGGUUCAAGUUAAUUAUGCAUGGGCACAUGUCGUCAUUUUGCCAGGAAGAUACUGUGAGUACUCAAAGCAAGGUGGAGCCAGCAUUUUAAGUUGACCCGUUCAGACAGCCAAGAUAAAACAGCUUAUAAAGCCUUCUUGAAGACAGGUUGUGAGCUGUUAUUUCUACACAGGUUUAUUUGCCCCACCUUUUCAUUCAGACAACUUAUUUAAUGAUCACCAGUGUUUUAAAACUAGUUUAAUUUUAGCGUCUGUUCACCAUGGUUUGUAAUACAGUUUGUUAGUUGAUUGACAGUGUGUAGUUUUUAACUGAGAUUAACAGCAUUGUUUUGAUACACCAUACAUUAAUUUAUUAUGUAUAUUAUAGUUUGUUGUCAUUGUACAUCAGAUUGAAAACUUUUGUUCAGUUCUCCUCCAUUUUAGUUUUAGCCAUUAUUUGAAUGAGUUUGAAUAUACAAUAACAUUUUGAGAAAUCUGUUGUCUUUAAAAUGUCAACUAUGUUUUACCAAAAUUUGAUUUGUUAUUUUUGUAAAUGUGGUCAUAUAUAUAUAUUGCUGUGGCCCCCCGUCCGUUCGUCGUCCACAAUUCCUUGUGAACACUUAACAGACUACAUUUAUCAUCUGAUUGUUUUGAAAUUGAUAUAUGUUGUUUGCAUUAGUGAGAUGAAGAAGCCUAUUUAAUUUCAAGAACUUCCAUUAAUUUCUUCUGGAGUUAUGGCCCUUGUUUCACUUUGUUGCACCUUGUGAACGCUCUAACGACAAAAGUUAUCAACCGAUCUGUAUGAAAUUUAUAGGCAUCAUUUAAAUUAGUAAAUCAAAGAAUCCUAUUGAAUUUCAGCAAUUUCCGUUGAUUACAUCUAGAGUAAUGGCCCUUGUGUUAAAUCUUGUGAACGCUCUAAUGACAACAGUUAUCAUCCGAUCUAUUUGAAAUUGAUAUGCAUCAUUUGAAUUAGUGAAAUGAAGAAGCCUAUUGAAUUUCAGCAAUUUCCGUUUAUUACGUUGUGAGUUAUGUCCCUUGUUUCACUUUGUUGUACCUUGUGAAUGCUCUAACGACAAAAGUUAUUAUCCGAUCUGUAUGAAAUUUAUAUGCAUCAUUUGAAUUAGUAAAACAAAGAAGCCUAUUGAAUUUCAGCAAUUCCCGUUAAUUACAUCUAAAGUUAUGGCCCUUGUUUCACUUUGUUGAAUCUUGUGAAUGCUCUAAUGACAACAGUUAUCAUCCGAUCUGUUUGUACCUUGUGAAUGCUCUAUCGACAAAAGUUAUUAUCCGAUCUGUAUGAAAAUUAUAUAUUUCAUAUAAAUUAGUAAAACGAACAAGCCUAUUGAGUUUCAGCAAAUUUCUGUUAAUUACAUCCAGAGUUAUAGCCCUUGUUUCACUUUGUUGAAACUUGUAAAGGCUUGAACGACAAAAGUUAUCACCAAAUCUGUAUGAAAUUCAUAUGCAUCAUUUAAAUAAGUGAAAUAAUGAAGCCUAUUGAAUGUCAGCAAUUUCCAUCAAUUACUUCUAGAGUUAUGGCCCUUGUUUUACUUUUUGAACCUUGUCGACCACUCGGACGAUUUAGCUGCUGUGGGCAUAUGUUUUGUUGCCUGCCAACCUUUCUUUAGAACUCUUUGAACCCUCAAACGACGAAAAUUAUAAUGUCAUUGUAUGAAAUUGUCUAAUUACCUACAAAAGAAUAGAUAUGUGACAACCCUUGUCGACCGCUUGGACAAUUUAGCUGCUGUGGGCGUAUGUUUCGUUGGCUUGGCAACAUGUAUAAGAUUUUAUUUAGUAUAGGAUUUAGGCCAGUAAGAAAUUAUGUUAAAUACAAGUAUUCAAUAUGGGCAUAUGUUAUGCCCUUAUUUUAUCCAUUAAUUGUUCCAAAGCCUUUUUUCAUAAUCAAGAAUGUGUAUAAAUUAAAUAAUGAUCCUGACAUAUAAUUUUGAUUUCACCAGAUUCGCUAACCGGAUUCGCUAUUUGUGGAUAUUGAAUUUGAUAGCUUUUUUGAUAGUAUGUUAUUAGCACUACAACCUGUUAAUCAUCCCAUUCUAGAAUGUUUAUUUUUAUGUCACAUUAAGUAUGUAUAAUCGUUUUAUAUUGAUGAAUGUUAAUAUUAUUGAAUAUAAUUGACCUUUACCAUAAAUUUUUGUGUUCAACAUUGAAUGGUGACUUUUAACCAUAUAAGACACAGCUGUGGAUUAUCUGAUUAAUUUAGCAAGUCUUAAUUAUUUUCAAUAUAUUCUCUUGCAGCAUUUCAAUAACCAUGUCAUUCUUGUUCAUUUUAUUGCAGAUGAGUUAGGUUUUGUUUUCUUUUCUGCAUUAGCCAGAACCGACUUACAUGUUUAAGUUUAUGAUUAAUUUAAAGGCCUGUCAUUUAACAAAAAAAAAAUUUGUAUCAGCCACUUAAUACAAAGGUAAGAGAACUGACUUAAUUAAUUUUAUGAUUAAUUCUGAGUAAAUUUCUUUUCUGUCAUAGAUGUUCUGUAAACUAGUAAGUUUGUUGAAUUGCCAGUUGAGUUUGUUAAUACCUCUAUGUUAUUGUUCUCAGAGUAUAUUUGUAUGUAAAUAUUAUAUAUCUUGUUGUUGUAAAUAUUUUACUGUAAAUGUUUAAAAAUAAAAUCUUUUUUC